AUGAGUAAAAAGUUCAAAUCGCAGGCUUCCAGCAGUCGUGCGGCUGCUGGGGCCUUUGGUUCGUUUGGGGGGUUCUCAGGUACUUUUGGUAAUGAUGGGCGUGAACCGUCUUCACUUACUUACAUUUCUGAGCCACCGGAUCUUUCUCUCAUCUCAGAGCAGCAACUGGUGAUUGCCUUUAAGAAUUUACAGAAGAAAGAUGAUAUCACACGAACAAAGGCCUUGGAGGAGCUGAAAGAAUACAUCUCAGCUAUAGAAGGUAAAAGAGGAACAUUGGAUGAUGGGUUCCUACAAGCAUGGGUCAAAAUAUAUCCCCGAGCUUCAAUUGAUCUCUCGAGGCGGGUCAGGCAGCUGGCUCAUACUUUGCAAGGCUCAAUAUCUGCAUUGGUUGGCAAGAGAAUUGCACCUCAUCUAUCAAGGGUUAUAGGCGCAUGGCUUGCUGGUAUCUAUGACAAUGACCGGCCAGUUCAACGCUCCGCAUUGGAGUCUUUCACCAGCGUAUUUUCAACGGAGGAGAAGAGGAACAAUGUCUGGAAGAUCUACCAAAGUUCCACGUUGGAGUAUAUCGACGAUGUCCUUCUCCACCAGACACCCUUGACCUUGAGUGAUGAGCGAACAGUCAAGCGGGAUGACGCCGAGGCAAAGUAUGCUCGCGUUGUGGGAGCCGCAUUGAUGCUUUUCAACCGCAUUUUAGGAAACUCGCCAGAUGAUGACCUGCAAAGAAACCUGGGCGAGAUUGAGAACCUUCUAGGCAGCAAGUCUCUAUGGGGGUUUUGCAGUCAUGAGGAUCCAUUUGUCCGCCGGUCUAUAUACAUUGUUCUACGAUCUGCCAUCUCUCGAGAGCCUGCCUGGAUUGACUGGAAACUCCUCAGUUCAGCAAUUGUAGGGAAAUCAUUGUCAAUCCCCCAAAUCGGCUCUGCUUCCGAGCUUUCUGAAUCUCUCUUUCUCUUGACCUCAUCACGACCGCAGGUAUGGACAGAUGACUAUACCGGAAAGACCUCUGCAUCAAAAAAGCUGCGCCAGUACAUUCAACAAGGCUCACAGGGUGGCCUCGCAGUUUUCUGGACAAACCUGGAUAAAUUACUCCGCAUCAUUCCACGAGAGGUACUUGCGGGAACCGAUAAAACAUCUACAGACGAUACAAUCAAUAUUUCCAGCGCAUCAGCUUUAACGGAAGCCUUCCAAGGCGGAUUGAUUUCAAGAGAAGAGCCCCGCCAAAAUCUCACUACCGGGUGGAAGUCCUAUAUUCGUGUUGGAGCUUGGCUUGGGCUUCUCAUAUGCCAGGAUCAGCGGCCCGAGUUCGUUGAAACGAGACUCUCACCCUUGGUUGUACAGUAUGUGCACCCGAGUUCCGAAAUGUCUCAGUGGUCACUUCCUUCACCGACCGCUCAAGAAAUUUGUACCGAUUACCUCCUUGUGCUCAUUGGCCACGGUCAAAGCCACCAACUCGAGCCGCUGUGGAUGAAGCUAUCGAAUGAAUUAUUGGAAGCAGUGAAGCUGUCAUCUCCGGAAAAGUCGAAUGACUUCCGCGCCUCUCAAGAUGCUGUGUGCGCUGAAGCACGACGUUUCUUUGCACUGGAGCCCGCAGUUCUUUCAAGAGCUUCGGAUUCGGAAAGCGAACAAAGCGCUCGAAGGAUCUUCGAGAAGUCGAACUUGUUCCUUCUUGAAAACUGCCUGGAAGUUCUUCGUUCCCGCAAUGGCAAACCUUACGGAGCAGCUGGGGUUGUAGAAGAGUGUGUACGAAGUAUGUCUGACGUUGCGAAGGGAUCCCAAGACCUCAUCAACUUUGUUCAGACAGAUGCACCCGAGCUUUUGUUCUCACCCUCUGGUGACAAGCUCAUUUCAAUCAUUUUGGCAUGCCGUGAGUGGGAUGGAUUUGCUUCCAGCUUCGAAAAAGUGGUUGAACGAACCAUGGAGUUGGACCCCGAGCAUUCCAAUGCACAUAUCUUGCAGACUCUUCUCUCCAGCCUUGACUUUAAUGAAGUGGGUGAUAAAAUUAAGCUCUCCUCGCUUGUCAUGCGAGCUCUGGAUCAGGCUUGCAGAGGAAGCUCUUCUCACUGGCCUAUCAUCAGUUCUGUGCUUCAAAACCAGACCUCUCGUAGUGGCCUAAUGGACCAGAUAUUCUUGUCGAUUAUCGAUGCAUUAUCUGAGGAGGAUAAAGCUUUGGACGUGUUGCAUGGUCUUUCUCAUCUCGGGAAGACCGCGCCUUCUGCUAUCAAAGACUUCCAGAAUGGACCUCAUGGCUCGAAGCUAACAGGAAAACUGUUAUAUCUCACAGAGUCACCCUCAGAGGAAGUUCAUAAUCUGACAGAAUCUUUGAUCAACACUUUCAAAGAGACCAUUGUUGGCGAUUUGAGCACUGCUUCGAAAAUAGAGAUUCUACGUCAAGGGCUUAGCCAUGCAAGCGAGGAGUCUUUGUCUAUUGAAUCUCUCUUUGCUAUUGCAGAGGAGCUGAUGCACGCAAUCGAUACAGACGACGCUUACACUGCGAAAGAUAUUUUACCUUCUCACAGUGCUUGGGAGGAUGCGAUGACUCCUUUCCUUCAGCUCCCACCUCGGUCAUCAACAGCCGUUACUAGUCCGCUGCUGGGUGCUGUCAACCUAGUCCAGCGUGAUAUUUCAGAGUCAUUAAAGACGCUGCGGCUUGGAAUUUCCCGAGAUUCAGAUCGCUGCACUGCUGCAUUCCGUAUGACAAUUUUCACCAUCAAGGCAUUAUCGGCCUUCGAUAUUGCUACGAAGCUGGAAAACACGGAUCUAGAGACACUCUUUUACUUCCUUCCAUUGGCCAUCCAACUAAUCGACGAUGAUCUGAGCAUUGAAAACUGCAAUGGCAUUUCAGGUCUCGAGCUGGCGGAUCAACGUGAAGAAUAUUUGGAGCUCGUGUUCCAGGGACGAAAGGUAGUCAGGGAUUGGGCUCAUGCAAAGGCAUCCCUGAAGUCUUCGCCAGAUACUACCAUUUCCUCGGUUCUGAUCUCUUUCUGGGAAAACAAGCUGGUGGGGCUCAAUGGAAAUUCUCCCAUGGACUAUCGCGUGGGACAGGCCUUCGUCAAAUUGAUGACUUCGGUGGAUGGUUUUGAAACAUACAAAUCGUCGGAUGAUGUUGCCAAGAUUUGCAGAGAAGCACGUACUGCCAAUGAAAUACGCUCGGCAUCGUGGUUUGCUGCUUUGCGAAGCUCCAUUCUAUUAAACCCAAUUGGAAACCGAAUUUGCAAUGAACUCGUCGCCGACUCUACGGGUCUCAAGCCCGAUGAUUUAUCCCUACAGGGGUUGCGAAAGCUGGCAUUCCUUAAUAUUUUGCUGUCGGGAGAAGAGGAUGUUGUCUCAACUAUUCCCACUCAGCGAUUGGUUUUCCUUACCAAGAAUCUCAUUGAAUGUCUUCAAUCGGAGAUGACAUCAAUUGGGUUGAGAGCUGAGAUCUUGCAGACUUUGGCAUUCAUCCUCCCUGGUCUUACUGAUAUCUACGGUUCACACUGGGAGGACAUCAUGGAGAAUUUGAGCCUCGUUUUCAAAAACAGCAACGGAGGGGAAGACGGUAUCCCCUUGCUAGUGUCCUCUUUCCGACUCUUUGCGCGUUUGAAGGCCAUGGCCGAGGGUGAGAGCAAUGAUGACCUUCAAGAUGCCUGGUUAGAGCGGAAGACUGGCCUCUCCAAUGAAUUGGUCUCGACUAUCGGACAGUUCGACGCAUCAACCACAUUCCACCAACCCCGAGACGUCGCAGUUGAACUGUUGCGCCGCUUGAUCAAUGGGGUUGCCGUUGAUAAGCUCGAAGACGUUAGUGAAGUCUUCCAUCUUCUGACUGCUCACAGUCGCGCCAUUCAACGAACUGCAUACACAAUUCUUCAUCGUUAUAUUCCCCAAGCUCAAGAACAGGUGUCCUUUGACGUAGCCCUAUCAAAAACUGCAGUCAGCCUGCCUGACGAGUUGAUCUCCCUUCUGCUUGAGACACCAACUAUGGAUAUGGUUUCCAAGUCAUACGGUGAUGACAAGAUGUGGACCAGCAUAAGAUCAUACCUUCUAAGCUGGAAGGUGGUCUUCGAUCACUUUACCAACGCGUCAAUUCCCGUGCAAGAAUACUACGCAGAAAAUAUCAAGGAAAACAAUAUCCUGAUUCCCCUGCUGGAGUUCAUGUUCAAAUUCCUCCAAAAAUCACAGAACAAGAUCGUUGAUGCAUCCAAGGUCGAAGUCCGGUCCUUCGAGCCCGAUAACUCGGACAGCGCCGAAAAAGAAAUCCAGUGGCUUUUAGUGCAUCUGUACUAUCUGUGCUUGAAACAUUUGGCGAAUAUGACCAAGAAUUGGUGGAUUGAUACUCAAAAACGGAUCAAGGGACCGGUGGAAUCGUGGUCAGAGAAAUACAUCUCACCAUUGGUGAUCGAUGAUGCUCUAAAAGCUGUCACGGACUGGGUGGCCACUCAGGAUCCAAACGAGGAACGGGCCCUCUCUGUCAAAAUGUCUCCACGCACGGCGGAGAUCAUUGCCAGCAUUUUAGUGGAUGAGGAAUCCCCUCCUGUGUCCAUUUCGAUUUCCCUCCCCCCUGCAUACCCCCUUCAUCCUGCUACUGUGGUCGGCCGCAGCCGUGUACUGGUGGACGAGAAGAAGUGGAAGAGCUGGCUGCUUACGAUCCAGGGUGUGAUCAUGUUCGCCAAUGGCAACCUUGUCGAUGGAUUGUUGGCAUUCCGGCGCAACGUCCAAGGGGCUCUGAAGGGACACAGCGAGUGUGCCAUUUGUUACUCGGUGAUCUCCACUGACAUGCAAACGCCUAACAAGCGGUGCGCCACCUGCAAAAACACUUUCCACUCUGUUUGUCUGUUCCGAUGGUUCAAGAGCAGUAACCAGAGUACUUGCCCGUUGUGCCGGAACAACUUUGUGUAUGUUUAG